AUGCCCGUCGGUGAUCCUAAAGGCAGCCGGCCAAUCGGGCAAGGAUCUAAUACAAGCCUGUCGACAGGUACAACUGCGAGGCAAGACAUGGCGGACCGAGAGUUUAUGAGUAGUGCGCAAGUAGUGCUGUUGCAGCCAGCCAAAUGUGUACACUGGCCAACAAUUAAGCUUCGAUUGCGUCGGGUCUUCUGUUUUAGCACCUCCACUGCAACUUCAAUUGUCGGACGACUGCAACCGUCCAUCGGCUGGUUCACAGACGUCUACAGUUGGACAGUUGAUGAACCCUCCUGGUCAAGCAAGUCGCUCGUCUUGAAGGCUUGUCAGGCAGUUGGGAUAAGAAGAGACGAUUUCGACUCAUUCUGCCAUCAAUUCGUUCCACCGGUCGCCGCAACUCGGACAACUCGGCGUGUCUACCACGGAUCCUAG